AUGACAAAAAAUACAAGAAUCCUUCAAUCGAUUUGUAACAAUUUAAACUCAAAUGCAUUGAAAUUGUUAUCUAAUUUAAUCGGAUCGCCGACUGGAACGACAAAGUUGGUUAAAGCCACAAAUAUCAUAUCGCAAUUAAAUCUACUGUCAAGACUACAAAAUAAUGGUAAUCGGAGCACUAUCAUAUCUAUAGAUAAUGGUAUCUCCAAUUUUGCAUAUGCAACAUUUCAUAUUGGUGAAAAGAUCAAGCUAAACCAAUGGAAUAAAUUACAAUUGCCUUCAGAUAAUACGGGUUCAUUAUCACCAGAAGAGACUCACAAUAUAGUUGAAUUCAUAUCGAAGAAAGUAAUAAAUACGAAUGAUCACAUUGAUUUGAUUACAUUAGAGAGACAAAGAACAAGAACGGUGUCUUCAAAAUUCAUAUCUAACCAAAUUAUAAAAGUAAAUAUAUUGGAACAUGUCCUUUUCAAUCAUUUGACAAGUGACUACUAUCAGGUUCAGUCUUCUGAUCCUUCAAGAAUGACAAAAUUCUGGUGUGGUGACCUUAAUAAUUCAAUUAAUUCGAAAACUGCAAGAAUUAAAGUAGCGAAAAAAUUCAUACUUUCAAAUUUAGUUUCUCAUGACUUUCAAAUAGAUCAAUCGAAGAAAAAAAUUUACGACUGGCUCCAAUUAAGUGAACAAAACGGUAAUGGUCCAAGAAAAGAUGAUGAUCUUGCCGAUUGUUUCCUACAUGGUCUCAGUUGGUCAACAUGGUUUCAAACUCAUUUAGAAAUCAAAAAAAUGAUAGACGAUAAUAUUCAUGACGAUAUAAAGACACUCUCAACACUAUUAACUGACUAUUGCAUAGAAAAAUCCGCCAAACAGACCCAUUUGCAGCAGAAGUUAUUGCAAUAA